GUAAAACAAAGGUGAAUAACGUAAAACUAUUUAAAGUACAAUUGAAAAUACAAGACAAGAUCUUCGUCUGAGUUCAAGAAAUGGUGAAAUAUUCAUGAGGAGGAGAGAGGAAGAGGAAGAUUGAGAGUAGAGAGGAGGAGGAUAGACAAGACUGGCCCUAGCUUGGCCCUCCCAUUGAAACUGGCCUAGAACCGCUACUGCCGCCAUCACAAUCCCAGCACAGGGUAGAAGUUAGGGAGGGAGUGAUACAGAGGUGUGUCCAUGAGGCUUUGAAGAGUUGUGGUUCCAGUGCAGUCAUUGUUGUACUGUAUUCCAGCAGUGCAGGCCAGAGGAAACUGGUCCUUCUUGGCCCUACAGAGUUAGCACUUGGCGUGAACUUGGCUUUGUGGUCCUCUGUUUGUGGAUUGCCAUGGAGACAUCUGAUUUUGUCCAGAACAAAUUAACUGAGUGGGGCUUCAGUGAGUUCGUGCAGAAAUUUGAAGGUACUGUAUAACCAGUCUGCGUUGGUAAGUACAGUCAGGACUGUAGUUAAUGCCACUGAAAUUGAAGACAUAUCCUUUGUGUAAAUAGCUUGGUUGUGGGUUACUGUUAUGAAGAUGUAAGAUGUUUUAUACUUCAUCUUCAGCGAGACAAAACUCUCUAACAUAACUCUUUUAAAGUUCAGCAUCUUCAUACCCUGAAUUUUAAAUGUGUCCCUUGACAUGUGUGUAUUUACAAUGAUUCACUUCAGAAUCAGGACAAAGACAUUUAUUUUUCCUCUUUAUGAAAACAGGACCCAAGGUGUCAUCAUCAAGAUUAAUCAGUUUUGUUUGACGUCCAUUCCAGAUGAAGGUAUUGACAAGGAGACUUUCCUAAGUCUUGGAGAUUCAGCAGGGAUCAAUGCUUUGAUUCCUAAAGUUGGACCAAGAGUAAAAUUCAAAAAGAGACUCAAAGAAUACCUACAGUGGAAUUCCAUGGAGACGUGUGAUUUUGUCCGGGAUAAAUUAACUGAGUGGAAUCUCAGUGAGCUGAUUCAGAGAUUUGAAGAUGAAGGCAUUGACAAGGACACUUUCCUAUGUCUUGAGGAGUCAGGCACCUUGAAUGACUUGAUUCCUAAAACUGGACCAAGAGUAAAAUUCAGAAAGAGACUCAAAGAAUACUUAGAGACCCUGAAAAGAAAGCUUGCUUAUACUCCUGAAAUGAUGGACACUAAAACUGACACAAAUUCAGACCAAGAGGACAGCCCUGAACUGGACCCAACUAUUUUUCCAUGGCACUUUGAGUCUACUUCAACAUCUGACACAGAUCGUGACAAUGAAAUGAGUGGAGAGCCAAUGCCCAACAGUAACUCGAGCACAGGCCUACUUGCUGUGAUUCUCUUCAUUUUGCGUCACCAUCUAACUACAGCAGUGGCUGACUUAAUGGCUCUACUGAAUUUUCUCUGCCCUAACCUGGCUGUUGCAUCUAAGUAUCCGUCGGAUAAGACUCCUGUCUUGUCUAUUGUAUUUUACUGCCCUCGCUGUCAAAACUACAUGGGAAAAAAUCCUGAUGGUACUUCUUGUUUGAAAUGUGGUACAAUGUUCAACAAAAAAAGCAGCACUAAAAAUGGAGACUUCUUUUUGUUUGCAUCACUGAAAGACCUCCUGAAAAACAUACUCAAGAACCAUGGCACUGAGUUGUUACCAAAAACAGUCAACCAGGAGGAUGGCAUUAAAGAUGUGAUGGAUGGGAGGAUGUACCAGAAUCUGCUUAAACAAGGAACAUUGGCUGCUGAUGACCUUACACUGUCAUGGAAUUGUGAUGGCGUACCAAUAUAUAACUCAGACACAUACUCGCUUUGGCCCCUUCAGUUUACUAUCAAUGAACUUCCUUACACACAAAGAAAAGAAAAUGUGAUAGUUGCAGGACUUUGGUUUGGCAAAGGAAAUCCUGAGAUGAACACAUUUCUAAAGCCUUUUGUUGAUGAAUGUUCUGACUUAGCCCAAAAUCCCUUCCAGUGGAGCGACAGCAAUGAUACAGUUCACUUCUCAAAAGUCUUCUCCUUGGUUUGCUCCUCUGAUGCCGUUGCGAGGCCACUCCUCCGGAAUUGCAAACGAUUCAACGGUGAAUAUGGUUGUGACUGGUGCUUGCACCCUGGCAUGAUGGUCAAAAAAGGCAGUGGGUCCAUGAGGUCCUACCCAUAUGAUGAAGAGAAACAAGAGGCAAGGUCAGACGAAAUGUUUAAAGAUAAUGCAAUGCAGGCUGAAGACUCUGACCCAAAAAAUGGAGUAAAAGGCUUUUCCUUGCUUUCCGAACUUCCCUUGUUUGACAUUGUUUUUGGAUUUGUUCCUGAGUACUUGCAUUCGGUUCUGCUUGGUGUGUCCAAGCAACUUGUGUUCCUGUGGUUGGACCCAGUCAACUCGAUGAAACCCUGGUAUGUAGGUCAACAGAUUGCACAAAUUGACUCCCGACUUCUCAGUCUAAAACCAGCAUUGGGUAAAAAAAACAGAUCUCCGCGUCCACUGAAGUGUAGGGACACAUGGAAAGCAUCAGAGUGGCGAGCGUUCCUUUUAUUUUAUGCGAUCAGUGUCCUGCCAGGUAUCGUGCAGCCUACAUUUCUGGAACAUUAUUUUUAUUUGUCAUUCAGCGUUCACAUUCUCCUACAAGAAUCAAUAUCUCAACGUGACCUUCAGGUGGCCCAUGAAUCUUUGGUACGCUUUGUAAAAGACAUGAAAGUCCUUUACGGUGAGGAAAAUGUGUCUUUCAACUGCCAUCAGUUAAUCCACCUCAAAGAAAGUGUGCUGAACUGGGGGCCGCUCUGGGCAACAUCAGCAUUUAGUUUUGAGAGAAACAAUAGAUAUUUGAGGGAAGUGCUCAAUGGCAUAGGUAAUGACCCUCAACAAAUUUGCCAGGGGUUUCUCCUUUGGCAGCUCAUACCCAGACACCUUAGUUCUUUAGUUUUUAGCCGACAAUCAGAUUUUAGUGAGUUAUUAGCCAAGCUCACACCUGUAAAAGAUGGCAAUGGCUCUGACAAACCGCUUGGAAAAUCACGCCAUCUGGAUCUCACAGGAUCCAUAAAACUACCAAUAGAAGAGCUCUUAAAACGGCCAGUUCUUGUCAGAUCGGUAGAAGCUUAUGACAGCUACAGUAAUGGACACACUGUUUAUCAAUCGACAAAUGGUAACCAGUCAGACAAGACGGACUGUGUUAUUAAACUCAAGAACGGCUGCUAUGGAGAAAUACGCUUGAUUUUGCUUAUUAAAGAGAACUGUGUGUGCACAUCCAACUGUCAGUGCCAGGCUUGUCCAAUCAUUGUGGUCCACCUGUAUGACAUCAAACCUGAUACUAUAUUCAGCGACAUGCAUCCUAACAAUGCAUCUAAGACUAUUUUUGUGAGAGUCGAAAGGACAGGUCAGCAGAAAGCUUUCUUCUUAGAGGACAUCAGGUGUAAAUGUGAGUAUGUGGAUGGUUGGCUUGUGCCUGUACCAAACACUUAUGAGAGAUACUAGAGUGACUGGAGGGCUAAAGCGCUCGCAGCAACAGAGCCAAAAAUGCUGAAAAACACUUGGUUGUUUAUAUAAGUCAAGUCAAAGUCCAUUUAUUUGUCUCCCUUGGGAGAAAUUUGGAUUAGAGACAGAGUACUGCUGCUUAAACAGCACGAAACAUACAAACAAAAAUACAUAAAAGACAGUAAAACAUUCAGCAUCUAAAAAAAAAAAAAACAUACUGGUAACCAGAUAGGGACCAAUGUGCAAAAAGAUAUUUGCUCAUCUGAGCUGUGCAAUUUGCCAUGCCUACUCGUUGAAGUUAAAGUGCUGGUACACAUUAGAGUGCUGGUACAUAUUAAAGUGCUGGUACAUAUUUAAAGUGCUGGUUCACAUCAAGGUGCUAGUACACGUAAGGGUGCUAAUACACCGUACACAGAAAAAAAGUACACAUUAAGGUGCUAAUACACUGUAUGCAAUACACAGUACACAAUACCUGCUUACAUUUGCUCAUUAAUGAGCUUGACUGACAACGGGACAAAGGAAUGUUUGUACCGGUUGUGUUUACAUAAGGGAAUCCUGUACCUUCUCCCUGAGUGCAUUAGUGAGUAUUUGUUGAACAAAACAUGAGAACUGUCAUUUAGAAUGUUUUUUGCCUGAGUGAUGACGGCCUGAUUGAACAGUUCCUGAGGGUUAAGCGGGGGGUGACCCAUAAUCUUACCCGCUACUCUGACCAGGUUGAGAAUCUGAGUUUUUGAUUUGACAUUUAGGUUCCCAAACCAGCUGGUGAUACCGCACCGUACAAUGGACUCUAUUGUUGUUCUGUAGAAAAUUAGCAUUAUGUUUUUGCAGACACCAAACAACCGAAGUCUACGCAGAAAACUGUAAAUCAAGUUCUGUGAAUACAAAUAGUAGAUGUAGCUUGCCGUGCCAUCAACUUUAUAGAUAUCAUCAACAACCCCUCAGUUUCCCUGUUCUUUUACAAACCACAAGUUCUGCAUCUCUUUUCCUGGUGCCAUCAGGUGAGUUGUUAAUUUGCAUAAGGAAGUUCUAAUGCCUAGUUCAGACUACAGCCGUCCUACUGUGUCAGCUUAAAUCAGGAGUGAUAAUCAGUGUUACGUGUGAUUAUUGAUCAUUUCAUCCCGUAUCCCGUGCCACUGUCGAUCAGCAACAAAGUCAUCAACAACCAACGUAGGAACUACAAUAUCUUUUCUACCAGUUAAAGGCCACACUGAUUAAGUUAAGAGCACUUUGUAACUCUGCAACUUUCAUAGUUUUUUCUUUACCAUGGAAACAGUGACAGCUUUACAUUUUUCUUUAAGGACUUGUCUCAUAAAAAAUUAUCAACCUUAUUCCACCAGGUGCAGGUUUUUAUUGUUAUCUUGUAUUAUGAUCGUCUGUGCAUGUUGGGGUGUAUUUUCGAAGCAUGUGUGUAUAAAAUAAUUUCACUUUAACGGUUACGAGUCUGGCGGGAAACAAGUGAAAGAAACAGACACGGCAUAUGUAUCUAAAACAUAUUUAGUAACUUUGGUCCAAAACAAUCAUACAUCUCUUCAUCUCAGGUGACAUCUGAUCUUUUAGGUUCAAUAGGUAAUAUCAUACAUUGUAAUUGUGUUUUAUAUUCUGCUCUAAAUGAUUUUGUAAACAGUUUGUACAUUUAGUAAAAGUUAAUGUUAAAAAAAAUGCCUGUAUAUAAAAUGAUUUUGCUGUAUCAUGACACAAGGCACUGUGACUCAAAGAAAUACUGAUAAACCUUGUUUACUUUGUUUGGAGAAGCGCCUCAUAUUGCUUCAUAUAAUGUGUUGAUGAGGCCCUCUCCAUAUGAUCUUAAGAUGUGUGCCAGUCUUUUGGAUUUAAAAUACACUGAGGAUGACUGUAAUACACAAAUAAAUGUGUCAGUUAAA